CACAGCGCAGAGCUCGGGAGCUGCCGAGGAGGAACAUGGAUCAGUAUGAGCGCAGAGGAAGAGGUGGAGGCAGCAGCAGCAGAAGCAGGUGCCUCUGAACCAAACCCGAGCCAUCUCCGCCGCCCAAACAGGAUGGCGCAGUGGGGAGCCAUACUGGCCAUAGUGGCGGCUUUGGGAGGAGCUGGUCUGUUAACCUCUGUGCACAAGAUCGACGAGGGCCACACAGGAGUUUAUUACAGAGGGGGGGCGCUCCUGACCACCACCAGCGGCCCGGGCUUCCAUCUAAUGCUCCCAUUCAUCACCACAUACAAGUCUGUGCAAACCACGUUACAGACGGAUGAGGUGAAGAAUGUUCCUUGUGGGACGAGUGGAGGAGUGAUGAUUUACUUUGAUCGUAUAGAAGUGGUCAACUACCUCAUUCCCACAGCAGUCUAUGACAUAGUGAGAAACUUCACGGCCGACUAUGACAAAGCUCUGAUCUUCAACAAAGUUCACCACGAGCUCAACCAGUUCUGCAGCGUUCACUCUCUGCAGGAGGUCUACAUCGGCCUGUUUGAUCAAAUCGAUGAGAACCUUAAGAGAACAUUACAGGAGGAUCUGACGACAAUGGCACCUGGACUCAUCAUACAGGCGGUUCGUGUCACCAAACCAAACAUACCAGAAAGCAUUCGCCGAAACUAUGAGCUUAUGGAGAGCGAAAAAACCAAGCUGCUCAUUUCUCAACAAACCCAGAAAGUUGUGGAGAAGGAGGCGGAGACUGAGCGCAUCAAGGCUGUCAUUGAGGCAGAGAAAGUUGCGCAGGUGGCGGAGAUCAAGUUUGGACAAAAGGUGAUGGAAAAGGAAACUGAAAAGAAGAUCUCUGGAAUUGAAGACGGUGCCUUCCUGGCGCGACAGAGGGCCAAAGCAGAUGCAGAGUUUUACACAGCGCAGAAAGCAGCUGAAGCUAAUAAGUUGAAACUAACCCCGGAGUAUCUACAGCUGAUGAAGUACAAAGCCAUCGCCUCCAACAGUAAGAUCUACUUUGGGAGCGACAUCCCGCACAUGUUCGUGGACUCGGGGUCAGCGGGCAGCUCGGUCAAAGCCAUGGACAUCCUGGGAGAGCAGCUGAUGGACCUGGAUUAGACCGGCUUUUGGACGACCCACGGGACCCCGGACCACCUAGGGACUUGACUACCGGUCUGGGCUGAUACCAAGGGGGGAAUUUACAAGCACUCAUAGUCAAGAUUUUCUCAGAGGACUCACUGUAACGCACAUGACCAAAGUCUGUUUUAGCUGAGAGGUAGAAUAGCUGGAUUUCACGUGAUAACACAACAUUCCAUAACUUUCUGGUGUUCAAAAUUCCUAUAUUACGCAAAAUUGACUCAUGUGAGCUUUUCGCCGUGGUAUAAUGUUAUUGAGUCAUUAAAAACAUACUUGGAGUUGUUUUGUUUCAUUCACAUGCUUGAGUAAUCCUUUAAUAACAUAACAUCUAUCUACUGUACGUUUCCAAAGCUCAAAAUGCUUUGUUCCGCCUUAUGAUGUCAUGAAGCGGUAAUUUUGAAGUUAACGUCUACCUUUUAACUUUUUUUCAGUAGAGAGUGGCAAUUCCAGGUCUGAAACCGUACAAAUGAUUCUAGUGAAGAUGUAUGACGUUUAAAAACACAGUGGAACAUCCCAAGUGUUUCCAGUUUGAGAGAACUCCCCCAAAAUUUCCAGGAUGUGUGUUAAAAAUGUGUGAAUGAAACAAAACGCAACCCUAACCCAGAUGUUUUUGAUGAGGAAACAACAUUAUAGCGGAAAUGCGGGCCCUUUAAUUUAUUUUCACUGUGUUAAAAAUGUAAAAAAAAAAACAGAAUUAGUUCAUAUUAAACCAUGGUCCAAAGUUGUGGUACACUUGUCUUACGCAUUCUGAAUAUCAUGAACACUAACCCUGAUUCACUGUGAUGACUUUUUGAAAAAUUGUGAAAGUAUGACAUAGUGAAAUUCCAGAUCAGAAAAUGAAUCAAGCCUUAUGAAAUUGAAGGCAAGCUGAACAUCUUUUGUUAAUUUGGACAAAUGACUACUGUACAUUCCAUUUUCGAUAUGAUGUUCCCUGCUUUUUUCCUUUCCAUUUCUUUCCUAGACCGUUUCAUUAUUUAAGGUGUAAAUUUUCUGGUGGAGCUCCGUCACCUGCUUUUUUCCCGUGGAUAUGUCACUGCUCAGCCUGGAAUGUUUCACAGUAUGGCUUUAAACCUUAGUUUAAACUACCUUAGAUUUAUUCAAUUACAGGUGGGUUUUAAAGCUCAAAAAUACCCAGGAAAACAAGUAUUCUGACUGUGAGCGGCGUCGCCUCUCCACAAAUCUGACCUGUAACUUGGUCUUGUUUGGUCUCCAUGAAGAAAGGUUUAAUACCAUAUUGUGAAACAUUCCAAACAAAGCAAUAACAUCUCCAUGAAAAAAGCGUUUGACGGACCCUCCACCGGAAAAGUUUGAGGCUUGAAUGAUUUGGGAAAAAUUUGUAAUUGAUGUUUUUGUUUUCUGUUUGUUUUUUGUUUUUUGGGGGUUUUUUUUGACAAGCAUUGCGAUUGUGAUUUUUUUGUGAUAUUAUGGAAUUGUAUUUAAAGAACUGAUAGAGUGAAUUAUAAACUGACAAACUAAUACAAGAAUCACGUUUAGAACAUAUUUAUACGAUUCUAAACUACGGGGUUAUCAGUUACAAUUAUGAGACUUAAAAAUGUAAAGAGGGGGUAUUAUGCAAAAUUGACUUUCUCUCUAGACUCUUGAGUUUUCUAAAAUGUUAUACCGCAAUUUCUGGACAAUAAGCUACUUUUUUCUCACAUUUUGAACCUUGCGGCUUAAACAAUGACGCAGCUAAUAUAUUACGGAAGCCGAGAGGGGUCACAACAAACGCAAAUGCCGCAACAAAUACAAAUGUGACAACACAACAAAAAGCCACAACAAAGCCACAA